AGCGCUCGACGGCUGUCGGGCUUUCUGGCCUGGCGCUCCCCAACGAUCUUUCUACCACUUCGCCCGCGCGAGCUUCUGGCAGCGCCUCUCUCUUCCUGCGCACGGCACGAGAGGCCGACGUGCACCUAAACACCUACACGGAUGUGCGGCGUCGCCGUCGGUGCUCUUUUGUCUCGCCGGAUAGGCAGUCUACGCUCGGCGGGUGCGCGCUGCCUCGGCCGCUGCGAUGUGCGUCUCGCCGCUGCCGCGCAGCCUUUGGCCAGCUCUUGUUGUGGCGCGGCCGUGGCGAGGGCCGCGCUCGCGUGCCGCUGUCGUCGCGUGAC